AUGUAUAUUUACAGUCUGUUUUUGUUUUUAAACGUGUUUUUAUAUCAAAAACUUGUGGAUAAUAUUGUUAAUUCUUUGAUUUUAGAUGAAGCUGGACAAAAAGUGAACGGAGCUAAUUUGACACAGGUAAGUUCUUUGAAUAUUGUUGUUUUAAUUUUAGGAAACUAUGGUCAAGCUUUUUUUAAUAUUUUUAAAAUUUUUCGACUGCCAUCUUGGUUAAAAUGGCAGAUUUAACAAACGAACAUCAGCUGAAGAAACUAAAACAAUGAUUUUCUUUCAGUUGAACGAAUACAAGGCCGAAUUGCUGAAUGAAGCAGAGGAUCUUGUUCUCAAUGCUUUUCCCGCAAAGGUGUUGAAGUUCAAUGAGAUGUUGAACAGUCCAGACUUUUCUCAUGCUAGACUGACUGACUUACUACCUGACUUGAACUCCAUCGUACCCAUUCCAAAACCCGCUUCAGCGGAAGGCAUGGAAGUAGAUGUGCCGGCGAAGAAAGUGAAAGCAAACGGAGUUGCUAGUAAGUGUUUUUUGUUGUUUUGUUGUGUUUUUAGGGCGUAUUUUUUGUUAAAAGAGGUGUUAUAUUAUUGUAGAUAUAGUAAUGCGAGAUUUGGAUGUUUUUGAUGAAUUACUUAGAAUACUGGUAUAAGGUUGAGUUCGAAUAAGUUACAAUAUUAUCUACAGUGUGUUUUGAAGGUUUUAGAAGGAUGUUGAAUUUAUAAUGUUUAUUUUUUACUGAGCAAUGACCUUUUAAAAUAGGGCAAUUACUAUCUUUCCUGUUCUCUUAAUUUUUGAAAACAAAUGUUAAGUCUCCAUCUUCCAGCCACCCCAGUGUACGUCUUCAGCGGGGGAGUAGUGUCAUCCAAUGGGAAAUUGACUGAAAUGACCACCUCAACUCGGGAGUUGAUCAGAGCGACGGUCGAAGAGAUCAACAAGGUUAAGAUGUGGAUCAUAUUCCUGAUUCCUCGCAUCGAGGACGGCAACAACUUUGGAGUGUCGAUUCAAGAAGAGGCUUUGAAUGAGGUCAGGACGGUGGAAUCGGAAGCCGCCACCUUCUACGACCAAAUGUCACGCUACUUCUUGAGCAGAGCCGAACUGGUGGUUAAGGCUGCUAAGUACCCACAUGUUGUAAGUUGUUUUUGAGUCUUAAGGUUUUUUGAAUCUGAGAAACCAAUGCUUAUAUAGAUUCAUUUAGAAGCGGUCCGGUAUUUCUAUUUUGCUCUAAAAAAUCGAUAUUUUAAUAGGUAUCGAAGCUUUUUUACCAAUUUUUCGCAUUUCAGGAAGACUACCGCAGAGCCAUCCUCGACGUCGAUGAGAAGCAGUUCAUCAACAUCCGCCUCGUCCUGCUCGAGACCCGCAAUCAUCUGGCCACCCUACACGACAUGAUCACCAAGAAUCUGGAGAAGAUCAAGAAGCCGCGGUCUUCUCACAACGAACACAUGUACUGA